AUGGAACAGCGCCUGAAGUUCAAGCGUUUUUGGUCUCCUUGCCCUCCGCACAUCACGGAGCGAGAGAUGGACUUGGCCUAUAACAGGGCCGACACCCGCUUCCACAAGCUUGGGAAGCGGCUCAAGUUGCAAGAGCAAGAGCGGCGAAGGGCUGCUCGGGUGGCCGGACAGCAGGCCCCUGGGCAGCCUGGACCGCUGACCGAUCACAAUCUCUUUGCCGAUGAGAACAGGGACAAUGGCAACACCAUGAUGGAGGCCAUGACCGAGAUCGUCUGCCAAUGGCAGCAGUACCACCCUGGUCAUGUGCCGGGAGGUCCGUACCUGGCGGCCUUUUGGCUCAACGAACACCUGAUACGCCACUGCGGAUUGGAGGUAGUCAUGCCCAAAUUGAUCGCGAACGAGGAUUACAAGACUCUCGAGCGUGAUCUCUACUCUCAGCAGUACCCUUGGGUACGCCGAGUUUAA